AUGGUUAUCCUUAUGAUAGCAUUUACAAUUAUUUCAUUGGCUUACCUCAUGUUUGAUACAGGAGCGUCAAAUAUCGAUCCCAUUAAAAAUCAGGAAGUUAAAAUUGAAUUUCAUACAUACGAAAUGAGGCCUUACGUUUCAGGUAUACGAGUUAUCAACAUACCAAGCAAAAGUAAUUUAAUAAGCUAUUCUGAAUCAGGUGCUACAAUAAUUUAUCCAGAUUCACGAGCACGUAUCGUAAUGUUUGGUUAUCAUCUUGAUAAAAUCGGUAUCAUAUCACUUACAACAGAUAAUUGCUUUAAUUCAGUGGUAAAUAUCUCACGUCCUGAAUUUCUCAUUCAAACCACCAAACGACUUGAUUUUGUUGCAUAUUUCGCUGAAUCAGAUGAACCAUAUCAUAUUUGCUAUAAGGAACGAAUGAGCAGGAAGGAAUCAAGCGAAGAGGAAGAAGAUAUGAUUAUGAUUGAUGAAUCGCGUAAUUCAAUAGUAACGGAAACACCAACUCAUAUAUAUUAUCUACCACUGUACCUGCAGAUCAGUAUUAUUUUAAUGCUCUUUUGUCUGUCUGCUUUAUUUUCAGGCCUUAAUUUGGGCCUUAUGGCUCUUUCACCUCAUGAAUUGAUGCUUAUACAAAAAUGUGGCUCAAAAACGGAACGGAAAUAUGCCGAAAUUAUAUUACCGGUACGAAAAUCGGGUAAUUAUCUUUUAUGUACAAUAUUAAUUAUGAAUGUCGUGGUGAAUGCAGCUAUUUCAAUACUCUUCGAGGAUAUGACCAGUGGAAUGGUUGCAUUCAUUAUUUCAUCAAUUGGAAUUGUUAUCAUUGGUGAAAUCAUCCCACAGAGUAUCUGUGUUAAGAAAGGUUUAGCAGUUGGCGCAUAUACAAUUUGGUUAACGCGAUUGUUUAUGAUUCUUACAUUUCCGUUAGCAUUUCCGAUUAGCAAAAUUUUGGAUGUUUUCUUGGGUGAAGAUACUCCAGUAUAUAAUCGAUUCAAGUUGAUAAAUUUAAUGAAAAUGACUGCAUGCGAGGAGAAUCAAGAAUUAGCAGCUGAUCUGAAAAUAGCUGUUGGUGCUAUGGAAAUAAGCGAGAAGACAGUUGCUGAUGUACUGACUAAAAUUGAGGACGUAUUUAUGCUAUCUGAAGAAACGGUUAUCAGCGCUGCAACAGUUGUCGAAAUUAUGAGACAUGGCUAUUCCAGAAUACCAAUCUAUGCAGGUGAUGAUCGAAACAAUAUCAAAGCUCUUCUGAUGGUGAAAGAUUUGGCUCUAAUCGAUCCUGGUGAUAAUUUCACCGUCAAAACAGUUUGCGAAUUUCAUCAUUAUCCGUUACGAUUUGUUGAUGCAAAUAAGCCAUUGCAUUCAAUGCUUGAUGAAUUCAAAACAGGUAAUUAUCAUUUGGCUGUUGUUGAAAAUGUUCACACUUUGUAUGAUCGUAAAAUGAGUCGACAAACAAAGGAUCUAAUUGGUAUUGUGACACUAGAAGAUAUUGUGGAAGAGAUUUUGCAAUCGGAAAUCAUUGAUGAGAGUGAUUCGGUUGUCGAUAAUAUAUAUAGAUCAAAAAGGAAACGUGUUAAGGAACCAGCUUUCACUAAACUUUUAACGAGUGAAGAGUAUAGCAAAGAAUUAUCGGUGCAUAUGGAACAAAUGACAAUACAUUUUCUACAAGAACAUCAUGUGCUUUUCACUGAUAAAUAUGUUGAACGGCGAGCUUUAGCUCAUUUGCUUAAGCGUAGUAUCAGACAGAUUGAUAUGUCGUAUUCACCACAAAUAACCGGUUAUACAGCAAAGCAACGUGAAACAGUACCCAUAUAUUGCACGAAUAAACCAGCAUUUCGUUUCGUUGUAAUUCUGGAAGGUCGUGCUACUGUUAAAUUGAAAAAUAUGGAGUUUGAAACUGGUCCUUGGACAUCGUUUGGAAAUGAAAUUUUAGACCAGUUAGAAGAACUUAUCGAAAGUAAUUUGAUAAACGAUGAAAGUGAAUUUAUUUUAUCAGAUUCAAAAUUGGCGCUAAUCAAUUCAAUUCAAUUCAAUCCGGAUUUCGAUCUUUUUGUGACAGAUUUUUGCCGAUUUUUAAAUCUCACCUUAUCUUCCUAUAUAAAUGCGAUGAAAGUGACUAAAAUCGCUCGUGCGGCACGGAAUAAACGAAGCUCUAUUGGGUCAAUGCCCAAAACUUCAUUGUGUUAUGGAAGUCCAUCACAAUCGUGGCUUUUGUCCGAUACGCUUAUCAAACAAGAGAAUUCAAAAUCAAAUUUACAAUCAAAUUCAAAAAGAUUGAUCGUAAAGCGUCGUUCAAACAGCGAUUUCGGACGUCAAUACUGA